UCCACCAGCAGAAGAACCAUGGCAGCGACUCUCUGUCAGGUGAUGGGCUUCCUCCUGAGUCUGUUAGGUUUGGGGGGGAUGAUCGCAGCGACAGGGAUGGACCAGUGGGCGACCGAGGAUCUCUACGACAACGUGGUGACAGCCAUCUUCUCCUACUCGGGCCUGUGGAAUUCCUGCGUCCGGCAGAGCUCCGGCUUCACUGAGUGCCGGCCGUAUUUCACCAUUCUGGGACUGCCAGCUCUGCUCCAGGCCGUGCGGGCUCUGAUGAUUGUUGGAAUCAUUCUUGGAGCCAUCGGUGUCCUCAUCGCCAUAUUUGCCCUGAAGUGCUUGAAGAUUGGGAACAUGGAGGACAGCAUCAAGGCCACGAUGACUCUGACGUCUGGGGUCAUGAUCAUUCUGGCAGGAGUGUGUGGCAUUGCUGGGGUGUCUGCCUUCGCUAACUUGGUUGUGCAAAGCUUCCGGUUCACCACAUAUGCCGAUGGCGGCUAUGGUGGCGGUGGCGGCUAUGGUGGUUUUACUAACCAUGUCUUCUUCAGGUACACUUUUGGCCCCGCUCUGUUCGUGGGCUGGAUCGGGGGGGCUGUCCUCUUCAUCGGGGGCAUCAUGCUGUGUCUGGCCUGCCGUGGAAUGACUUCAGAGACGACCCAGCGGUAUGAUGGGAUGGCCUACAAAGCGCCCUCUCACCCCACGAUCUACAGGUCUGACACCAGACCCUCGUACAAGGCUCCCAGCGUGGACGGGAGGUCCAACCAGAGAUUUGACUACGUGUAAACUCAUUCUCUCUCAUAGAUAUACCUCUCUGUAACACUCUGCUGCUCUGUCAUGCUGUUUCUGUUUUGUGUUUUUCUCUACUUUA